AUGCCAGACGACCGUCUCAGCCAAUUUUGUUACUUGGGAUGGCCGUCCCAGAUCCCAGACGGCCGCCCCGGCCUCCCCAGACGACCAUCCCUAUUUUCUGCACCCCAGACAGUCGUCUCGAGCUGCCAGGCUGCGAAAACUAUAAAUAGGAACACUAGUGCAAAAAAGGCUUUUUACGUCAG